UUGUCAAAAUAAUCAUUAAAUAAAGCUUUAGUUAGCAUUGCAAUAUAACAAUAAAAUGAAAGCUUUGUUCUGGAAACGGUGGUUUUUAAUUAUUAGUUGUGUAAGCGCAUCGCAGAGAAACUUUCAAAUAAUCCUUGAUGAUGUCAGCACUAAAAUUUUGAACAAGGAGGCAAUCGAAAAGUUGGGUUGCCAAAUUUUGCAAAUUGAUAAUCGCAGUUACGUAAAUUGCCAAAUGUUGCUAAAUCGCGAAAUCGUUAAAGUUGAUGUUCGGACAGCAUUGGAUUUUAGGAAGUUAAAUGGCCCAACAAUGAAGUUAUACGAUGUUCGAUUGGAUGCUUGUCUUCUUAUGGGAAGUUUUCAUAAAAAUCGAUUUUUGAAUCUGUAUUCAAAGAACUUUAAAAAACAAUCCAACAUGCAAUGUCCUCUCAAAGCGAACUUUAAUUACACUCUGAAAGGACUCUAUAUGGACGAGCAGGAUUUUCCCUCGUCUGUGCCCUCUGGAACAUUCCGAAGCCUAAGCGAUUUUUAUUUAAACAAAUCCUUGAUUGCAUCUCGUGUAAUAACCCGCGGAAAAGUCACACGUAGACUAUGA